CGGUACUGAUUUAAACUCUUGAGAGAAACUCUGGACACGAGACAUCGUCCAGAAAGCAGCUGCUACCUCCCCAACUGGAACAUUAACCUGCUGUAACGCUGUAACUACCCGGACCUCAACGGCUUUCACGCUCAGUUUAAUAAGUUGUUGCAUCCGUGAUCAUUAUAAUUAUAUUAAUAUGGGGAGAGUAAGCAGCGCUUGUUUUAUAUCUUGGAUGUAUUUGGUCUACAUUUCCUCGGGUUUUGCAACUUCGAUUGAACCAGCGAGUGAAUUUUCCACUUUUAAUAACAUCAUGGAAAAUGCCACAGAAUGGAUGACGGACUUAAGUGACAUCGAGUCCAAGUUUUCCUUCAGGACCAGCGAAGAACCCGAAGACGAUCUGUGCUACAUAGUUCCAGGCCAACCCGAAACCAUCAAAGAAUGUAACUUCAAUCCAGACACCAAGACUUUCAUAGUUAUUCACGGAUGGACGGUCACGGGUAUGUUUGAAAGCUGGGUUCCCAAACUGGUAACAGCCCUGUAUGAUCGAGAGCCAACAGCCAACGUGAUUGUAGUGGACUGGUUGUCCCGUGCGCAACAACACUACCCUACAUCAGCUGCCUACACCAAACUAGUGGGGAGGGAUGUGGCCAAGUUUGUCAACUGGUUACAGGCUGAGAUUGACUAUCCUUGGGAGAGGCUGCAUCUGUUGGGCUACAGUCUUGGUGCUCAUGUAGCAGGAAUCGCUGGUCUUCUCACCAAACAUAAAGUUAACAGAAUCACAGGCAUGGAUCCUGCUGGCCCUAGUUUUGAGUAUGCAGAUGCCCAAAGCACUCUUUCUCCCGAUGAUGCCCUUUUCGUGGACGUUCUUCACACCAACACUCGCGGUUCUCCAGAUCGCAGCAUUGGGAUUCAGAGGCCGGUGGGCCACAUUGACAUCUACCCCAACGGAGGAACCUUCCAACCCGGCUGUGACCUCCAGAACACUGUGUUGAUGGUGGCCACCUCUGGUUUAAGAAACAUGGAUCAGAUCGUGAAGUGCUCCCAUGAGCGCUCCAUUCACUUGUUCAUCGACUCGCUGGUGAACCAGGACCAAGAAAGCAUGGCUUACCGCUGCAGCUCCAAAGACAGCUUCAAUAAGGGCAUGUGUCUCAGCUGCCGCAAGAACCGUUGCAACAAGGUGGGCUACGGAGUCAACAAAAUUCGCACACGCAGAAGCAGCAAGAUGUACAUGAAGACCAGAAAUGUGAUGCCAUAUAAAGUUUUCCAUUAUCAAGUUAAGGUCCAUUUCUUCGGCAAGACAAAAUUAAGCUACACUGAUCAGCCCAUUAAGAUCUCACUGUACGGAAUCCAUGGCGAGAAGGAAAAUAUCCCCUACAUUUUGCCUGCUUUGAACACAAACACCACCGUGUCUUUCCUGCUGACCACGGACACAGACAUCGGAGAGCUGCUGAUGGUAAAACUUCUCUGGGAGAAAGACACCCUCAUCAGCUGGCCAUGGUGGAACCCCGAUACCUUCCACAUCCGCAAACUGCGCAUCAAAUCAGGAGAAAGACAGUCUAAGAUCAUCUUCAGUGCCAAAGAAGGUGAAUUUUCCUACCUUUCCCGUGGAGGGGAGGCCGCCGUCUUUGUGAAAGAAAAAGAAGCCCAGUCAAGCCGCAAAAACCAGAGAUUGCACAAGUUGAAGAUGCAUGGAAGUUCGUUCAAACAGAGCACAGAGUAAAAACACACGUCAAAAUCCACCUCUGCUGGGAUCUGGCACGGAAUCUGCCAGGGAAAACUGGAACGGUAGAGACAAAACCUCUCCCGAAUAUUCAGACUAGUAACCUUCACCCCACGCAAAUCCCAAAACACACCCUGCAAGAAACCACAUCUUUAAAAUGUUGCUGCUGUGCAGUUUUAAAACAAAACAAUCACUUUGGAUACCACUCAAGACACAUUACAGGUCAUCUGAGAUCUGGCUAGACAAUCUUUCCUGCGUCUUUAAUCCAUAAAAAUGAUCAAGUCUCUAUGCAACAUAUUUAUGCAAGUAAUCAGUUCCAGUCUAUCUAUAAAUGACUUGCACUUAGUUAAAAUGAUUGGCUAGUUGUCCACCAAAGAGACUCUUCUUUUGGAGAAAGAUGCCACUCAAAACAUGUUACGGUUUAUUUGGUUUAUCAGUAUUACUCUUGAAAUUCCACUUAGAAACUGGGUUAUUUUGCUUUUAGCAUUUGUUUGGUUGUACUGUGAAUCAGGUUGUACCAAAACUGUUUUCUAGUUAUGCUAAUCCUCUUUGCUUCAGUUCCAAAAGCAAAACUUUUAGAUUUGUCUGUUGCAACCGAAAAUCAGUCUGAAUUGCUUUAACAAAAAGUGGGACCAAUUCCUCUCUCUGCUGAAUCAAGUUGAAAUGAUUACUGUAAAUAUUUGUAAUUGUCAUUAUAUAUACUUACAAACA